AUGUCCGAUAGAAAGAAGGAAUUCCGCCAAGGAGCUUCCUGCAAACUCCAUCACACGAACUUGUCUUUCCAAGAAGAUCUACAGCCAUCUUUCGGCCCAUCGAGAUCACCCCAUCCGAACCGACUUUGCCCUCCUCGACAUACAGGCUCCUGCUUUGAAUCACCAAAUGCAGAUGAUUCAUAUACUUAUCUGAGAGACUGUUCCAAACCGGAAGACUUUUCGCACCAUAACAGCAUUUUGCCGCCACGACGUAUACGAUCUUUUUUUCGAAAGAAGAAUCAAGAUGAUUCACACAAUUCUCUUAGAGCGUGUGACGAAGAAUCAGUGAUCGAUGAUGAUGCUCCAGGACCGCGCAUUGCUAUAGUCAUCCCAAAUGCCGUCAAAGACAAUGAUCAACGACAUUCGCACACCCAAGUUCAAGAUGAUAUCCAUUUCCCACUGCCAAUCCGUACGGAACAUCGUCGAAAAGAUUACCGCAUCAGUCAGAACGACGAGAGAGAAAAUGUACCACGGCCACCAUCUUGCUCCGCAUCUAGUAACCCCAGUUGCCCAUCUCAGAAUUCAUUCUACGACAGCUCCAAUGACCAGAUUGUUCUAUUGACUGAGAUCCAUAGACUUCAUGAACGAAUUGAUUUGCUAGAGAGCAAACUUCAGGGAAAUGUGAGAACGACAGCUUAUUGUCGAUGCAGUUGCCAUAGGUCAAUACGACCUAUGACGCCUUCACCGGAUAACUUUUGGCAACGAAACGAGCCAGAACUAUUUCCAGACCCAAGAAACGAUUGGGAUGAGAGUGGUGAGCCUGGUUGUUUUUCCGCAUAG